AUGGAUCGGGAAGGAGGAUCCAACGGCGGAUCUUGCUACUACUCCGUUCUCGGGAUUCGUAGGGACGCCUCCUUCUCUGAUAUUCGCACUGCCUACCGUAAACUCGCUAUGAGGUGGCACCCGGACAAGUGGGCUCGGAAUCCCGCAAUCGCCGGAGAAGCCAAGCGCCGGUUUCAACAAAUCCAAGAAGCCUACUCAGUUCUUUCCGAUCAGUCUAAAAGGUCAAUGUACGAUGUGGGGCUCUACGACCCUUUGGAGGAAGAAGACCAAGAGUUUUGUGAUUUCAUGCAGGAGAUGAUAUCGAUGAUGAACAAUGUGAAAGACGAGGGGGACAGUAUGGAGGACCUACAGAGGAUGUUCGUGGAGAUGGUGGGGGGUGAUGGGAUCGGCAUUGACUUGAACCAGGAUCAGACGGCUGGGAAGCGAGGACGAGUUAAUGGAUCAAGGGGUACUGCGGCCAAGCGCAACAACUCUCGCACUUAG